GUAGGCAGUACUAAGCGCGCUCUAAUUAGUGAGAAAAAGACAGCUCAUGCAGUGUUCAGAAUUGCUGGGGAGAUGAGGACAUUCUCCGGUCACCAGAGUGAAAGGCUGUUUAGAGUCUAAACCUAAAAUGAAAGUUUCCACCUUUAAAAAUUGUAUUUUUAAAAUCAGACUUAUUCCCAAUUGUCAUUUAAAAUACUUUCAACAAGAGGAAUGUAACAGAAAAUCCUAGACUAGAGUAUUAAGGUAGCAGUUUGUUUAAAAGCACAAAAUCUAAGUCUUUACAGUGCCAAAGUUUGACAAAAUUGAAGAGCUUGUUUGUGGAAAAGCUGUUAUUGAAAUGACUGAAUGAAAUUUUAAUGAAAAAACAUUGGUUUAAAUACUAUGUUUCUGGUAACUUUUAGGCUCAGUUACCGUUUUUUGAAACUUUCUUUUUUUUUUUGCAAGUAAAAGACAUUAAGAUGCAUCAAAAUACUUUUUUGUAAUGCUUUUGUAAGAAAUUUUUGUGAAGCAGCAAAAACAUUUUAUCAAGACUAUUUGAAACAUUCAAUUGGAUAUCUACUUCAGAAAUGAUUGGGUUAAGGUAGCAAGCAGUUCAGUUGAAAUGAUUAGGUCAAGGCCUUUUCUGGAGUUCUGUUUAUCACACUUACACAGUUUUUGAAGAAAGCCAUGAAAAUCUUUAAGCAUGUUAUGAAUGACCUCUCGUUUAAUAGAACUACGUGGAAAUGGCAUAUUCAGGACCCAGCAAGUCAGCGGUUGACAUGGAACAAACCUCCAAAGAGCGUCCUUGUUAUCAAAAAGAUCCGUGAUGCCAGUCUGCUACAGCCUUUUAAAGAACUUUGUGUAUAUCUUACUGAGGAGAACAACAUGAUAGUUUAUGUAGAGAAAAAAGUGCUAGAAGACCCAGCUAUAGUUAAUGAUGAUAAUUUUGGACCAGUGAAGAAGAAAUUUUGCACUUUCAGAGAAGAUUAUGAUGAUAUCUCCAAUCAGAUAGACUUUAUCAUAUGCCUAGGAGGAGAUGGUACUUUGCUUUAUGCUUCUUCACUUUUCCAGGGUAGUGUACCUCCAGUUAUGGCUUUUCAUCUGGGAUCUCUUGGAUUUCUUACUCCCUUUAAUUUUGAAAACUUUCAGUCCCAAGUUACUCAGGUUAUAGAAGGCAAUGCAGCACUUGUUCUCCGGAGCCGACUGAAAGUGAAAGUAGUAAAGGAGCACAGAGAGAAGAAGACAUUGAUACAAAAUGGUAUUGAAGAAAAUGGAGUUAUCUCUACAAGUCUAGAGAUGGAAGUGGGCAAGCAAAUCAUGCAAUACCAGGUCCUAAAUGAAGUUGUAGUGGAUCGAGGGCCUUCCUCCUACCUUUCCAAUGUGGAUGUUUUUCUAGAUGGACACCUCAUAACCACAGUUCAAGGUGAUGGAGUGAUAGUAUCCACGCCAACUGGUAGCACAGCUUAUGCAGCUGCAGCAGGAGCAUCUAUGAUUCAUCCAAAUGUUCCUGCAAUAAUGAUCACCCCAAUCUGUCCUCACUCACUGUCCUUCAGACCCAUUGUUGUUCCUGCAGGAGUUGAGCUCAAGAUCAUGCUGUCCCCUGAUGCCAGGAACACAGCCUGGGUUUCAUUUGAUGGGAGAAAGAGACAGGAAGUCUGCCAUGGAGACAGUAUUAGCAUCACUACCUCUUGCUAUCCCCUCCCUUCGAUUUGCUUCCGAGAUCCCGUGAGCGACUGGUUUGAAAGCCUGGCUGAGUGUUUACACUGGAAUGUUCGGAAGAAGCAAAAUCACUUUGCUGUUGAAGAAGAAUUUUAAAUGUUGACACCUAAUGAGACUCAUGGGAACUUAAAAUGGCAGUAUCCCUUGUAUAAAAAUGUGUGUUCAGCCUAGAAGGAAUAGACCAAUGCAUACAUUUUUAAAUAGUGAUGUACCUUAUAUCAAUCUGCUCUGCUGAUGACCAGAAACUAUUGUGUUGCUUCCUGUCUGCCGAGAAUAGGAGUGGAAGAAUUUAAAAACUGAUUUUUUUUAAAGCCUUUUUUAAAUUUGUAAUGGGCUGGUAUUUUUAAUCAAUAUGAAUACUAACAUCUACAAACCACCUCAGACACAGUUGUAACAAGUAAUUUGCAGAAUAGCAUGAUAGUUUGUACCAAGAUACAUAAUAGAAAAAUGGCAUUAAAAUAUUUGAGUUAAUUUGGUAGAUUUGGAAUUCCUUGCUCAACUUCUCAUCUAAAACACAAAGCAAUUUUUAUUUUUAAAAUGCUCUUGUAACUUAAAGAAAGGCAUGAUAGUCAAAAUGUCUUCCCAUCAGGUGAACUACUUAAAUAUUUUGCCUUUCCAUAAAAAUGUAGCAAGAAUUAGGGGAAAGAACCACUCUACAGAUACAACUUACUAGCUGGAUAGUUAUGUAAGUAUUGAAAACCCUUUUUCUUUCUGCCCAUUUGAACUAACAUUAUUGAGAGACCCCAUAGGCAUCUCUGACAACUGCUUGUGUGGACAAAUUGGUAAAGUGGCAUACUUUUUUGUAGAUGAGCUUAUUAUGCCUGAGCAAUUUCCUUCAGCGUGUUUGGGACCCUUAGAAAUGAUUUUGGAUUUUUUCUUUUCUCUGUUUAACCCUCUGGAAUAAGCAGCAGCAUUUGAGAUUGUAAACUACAGAUUUUCAUCAGGUGCUUAUUGCGGACCUAACCUGCAGUGUCUCUUCUAGGCUGGUUGUAUUGUUGUUUUUUUGAACCACUACCCAACCACAUGACCUAGUCUCACAUUCUAAAUUGGAUCUGAAUGCACUUAACAUUUAAGUGAAGUGUGCUUCUAGCAGGAUUGAUAACUUGAGUAAGAAGAAAAGGGAUACUGCACUGAUAGGCUGAUCAGAAACAGGACACAUUCCCAGCAUAGUAGCAAUGGUGCCUUCAGCACGCUUCAAGAUAUUUUAAGUCUUGUAUGUACUUUUUUAAGUCUUUCAAAUGUUUCUUACUUGUUUAAUGUACAUAUUUUAUUGUAUAUGAAAUACAAUAUGCUUUUAUGAAAAUAAGUAGUUUGAAAAAAGGAUUUGUACUGAAAUCACUUGUACUAAAAAUCAAACUCGGUUAUGAUGUUUACAUUUAUGUUCUUUGUGGUGCAGUCUCUUGUAAUCGUAUUGUUCAGAUCCUGGCAUCUUCACAUUAUCUUUGCAUAGACCGUUAAAACGGAUGAACAUUUUCUGCUAAUCUUUAAAACUAUUGCAUAUUAUUGCAGAGGAAUCUGUUACUGAUUGUCAGAUUUCAAAGGUGUUCUACUGAACUUGCUCUUGUUUGUGCAGUCAGGGAUAAAAAUGAGAGAUGUAUUAAUUCCCAUACUCUGCCUAAUCUGAAGUCCUCUGAUGAGCUAAUAAUGUCUCUUUUGGAUGUUACUCUGGUCUGUUUAAUUUUGUCAAAUCAAGGUGAGAGCACUCUGCAUAAAGCAUAUUUAAACUCUGUCAAUGGUGUAAAUCACACUAAAAUUGUGGUAAUAUAAAUUAAUGUUCAGUUUGUAAGUAUUUUGUUAAUCAGAAUAUUGAUUGAAUUCCGUCUGGACCAGCAAAAGUUGUGACACCCUUGAGUAUGUUCAGAUAGCUUUAGAUUUUUUUUUCACUUGAAUUUACCAGUAUAAUUGUUAUAUCACUGUUUAAGGUUGCUUACGGGUUUACUAGCCGACAGAGUAUUCAAUUUUUGAACAGAUGUUUACUUUCUGAGCUAUACAAAGAUUUUUUUGUUUUAGAGAAGAUACAUUUCCCUAUUUAAAAAUGCAAUAAUUGAGAAAAGGAACAGAGUAAGGCCUUUACUUAUAACAUUGAGUGUAUAAAUGUACUAAAAUUAAUGUGAAUGGGCAAAAGGCUUUGUUAGAUAGGAAGUGAAAAAAUAACCAUUUGAAAUGGUAUGACAAGUAAAAUUGAGCCUUAUAUAGAACAGCAGGUUUUUUUUUAAAGCUAAAACCUAGCAUUUUAGC